CGACGAUAAACGCCCUCCCUUUCUUCGGUGCUUUUCUUUUGCUUUUGCUUUCUUGGACUUUCUUUUGCAUUGCACACACACUUUCAUUCAAGGAGAUUCAGCUUUUUUAAUUGAUUUAAUGCUCUCCGGGAAUCCCCUUUGGCCGUAGUUUCUCUCUGCUCUGACUUUCUUGUCCCCCACUCAAUCCCUCGGAUAUACGGAGGAGUCUAAUUACCCUAUUUCGCAUCGCCGUGCUGAGAUUCAGUGAGCCUUUACAUGUCAGCUUCCAUGUCCGGUAGUCGGGAUCUUCCCGCCUCGAAACAUGACCUCAGCACUUACUGGGGACGGGUCAAGCAGGCCGCAGAGAUAUCAGAUCCGAGAACACUCUUUGUAUCCUCGGCCGGCUUAGAGAAUGCAAAGCGAGUCCUUGCAUCGUAUAAGGAUGGCAAAAUCGCAGCCAUGACCCCGGAGAUUUGGGAUGCAAAGAGAAUAGUGGAUUCGACGCUGCACCCUGAUACUGGCGAACCAGUCUUCCUCCCGUUCCGGAUGUCCUGCUUCGUGCUCUCCAAUUUAAUCGUGACAGCUGGCAUGCUUACGCCCGGACUUAGGACAACGGGGACCCUGCUAUGGCAGAUAACUAACCAAUCAUUGAACGUCGCCAUCAACAACGCCAACGCAAACAAAUCCACUCCCCUUUCCACCUCGUCGAUUGUAAAGUCGUACCUGCUUGCGGUUUCAGCUUCGUGCUCCGUUGCCCUGGGACUGAAUUCUGUCGUUCCUCGACUACGGAAAUUAACCCCAAACACGAGACUGAUUCUCGGGAGACUGGUGCCGUUUGCUGCCGUCGCCACUGCCGGUGCACUCAACGUGUUCCUCAUGCGUGGGGAGGAGAUCCGGAAAGGCAUCGACAUCUACCCUGUCCUCACAGUGCAAGAGAAGGCGAAGCGCGAGGUAGACGGAGGAGAGGUUAAGAGUCUCGGCAAGAGCAAGAAGGCUGCCACUCUGGCGGUCGGAGAAACUGCUGUUAGCCGCGUGCUCAAUGCUACCCCGAUCAUGGUUCUCCCACCAUUAAUAUUGGUUCGUCUGCAGAAGAUGGACUGGCUGAAGUCUCGGCCUCGUCUCGUCCUUCCGGUGAAUCUGGGAUUAAUCUUCGCGACAUCGAUUUUCGCGCUUCCGCUAGCACUUGGAGCCUUCCCUCAACGGCAGGCCAUCAGUGCUUCUAAGCUUGAGGAGGAGUUCUGGGAUUGCGGAGGGAAAGAUGGUUUGGUUGAGUUUAACCGGGGAAUAUAG